AGUGUAAUAACUCGUGAUCAUGAGGAUAUUGAUAGCAAACUUGAUUUGUUUGUUACUAGUGGUCAAACCGAGUCUGCAAUUACUUGAGACACAAGCAGAUGUCUUGUUUAUUCUUGACACGUCAGGUAGUAUUGGAGAGGCUAAUUUCACAAUUAUGAAAAACACUGCAGCAAAUUUAGCAGGUCAAUUCAAGAUCGGAAAGAGAGACACACAAGUCGGCGUUGAUGUAUUUUCAACAGGUUUCAGAACAGAAAUAAAGUUGAAAAGAUAUAAUUUGAUACAACUUCUUAAAUUUUAUAUCAAACGGAUCCCGUAUGGCAGUGGUGGAACAAAAACAUAUCUUGCACUAGAUCACGCCAGAGAGAGCAGUUUUACAAAAGAGAAUGGAGAUAGACCAAGGAUACAAAACAUCGCUCUUGUUAUGACUGAUGGUGGGUCUGACAACCAAAAACGUACUUGUAUCGCAGCUCGAAGAUUACGUGACGAGGGUGAAGGUUGCAUAAUUAUUUCCAUUCCUAUUGGAAAUAGAAUUAACGAAGAAGAGAUCGAGUGCAUAGAAGAUGAUAUAGGUCUUCGUUUCGCUGCAGCAAAUUUUGCUGCAUUGACAAAAAAAUCGUUCAGAAAACGCAUUGCACAAAAGAUUUUGCAAGUGAGUAGCCCAGGACAGGGAUAA